AUGGCAGCGCGGCUGCUCGCACCACCAGGCCCUGAUAGUUUCAAGCCUUUCACCCCUGAGUCACUGGCCAACAUUGAGAGGCGCAUUGCCGAGAGCAAGCUCAAGAAACCGCCAAAGGCCGAUGGCAGUCAUCGGGAAGAUGAUGAGGACAGCAAGCCCAAGCCAAACAGUGACCUGGAAGCGGGGAAGAGUUUGCCUUUCAUCUAUGGGGACAUCCCCCAAGGCCUGGUUGCGGUUCCCCUGGAGGACUUUGACCCAUACUAUUUGACGCAGAAAACCUUUGUAGUAUUAAACAGAGGGAAAACUCUCUUCAGAUUUAGUGCCACGCCUGCCUUGUACAUUUUAAGUCCUUUUAACCUGAUAAGAAGAAUAGCUAUUAAAAUUUUGAUACAUUCAGUAUUUAGCAUGAUCAUUAUGUGCACUAUUUUGACCAACUGUGUAUUCAUGACUUUUAGUAACCCUCCUGACUGGUCGAAGAAUGUGGAGUACACGUUCACAGGGAUUUAUACAUUUGAAUCACUAGUGAAAAUCAUUGCAAGAGGUUUCUGCAUAGAUGGCUUUACCUUUUUACGGGAUCCGUGGAACUGGUUAGAUUUCAGUGUCAUCAUGAUGGCAUAUGUGACAGAGUUUGUGGACCUGGGCAAUGUCUCAGCGCUGAGAACAUUCAGGGUUCUGCGAGCUUUGAAAACUAUCUCUGUAAUUCCAGGCCUGAAGACCAUCGUGGGCGCCCUAAUUCAGUCCGUGAAGAAGCUGUCGGAUGUGAUGAUCUUGACAGUGUUCUGCCUGAGUGUCUUUGCCUUGAUCGGACUGCAGCUCUUCAUGGGAAACCUGCGGAACAAGUGUGUGGUGUGGCCCAUAAACUUCAACGAGAGCUAUCUUGAAAACGGCACCAAGGGCUUUGACUGGGAAGAGUACAUCAACAAUAAAACAAAUUUUUACACAGUUCCUGGCAUGCUGGAACCUUUACUCUGUGGGAACAGUUCUGAUGCUGGGCAAUGCCCAGAGGGAUACCAGUGUAUGAAAGCAGGAAGGAACCCCAACUAUGGUUACACAAGCUUUGACACUUUUAGCUGGGCCUUCUUGGCAUUGUUUCGCCUUAUGACCCAGGACUACUGGGAAAACUUGUAUCAAUUAACCUUAAGAGCAGCUGGGAAAACGUACAUGAUCUUCUUCGUCUUGGUCAUCUUUGUGGGUUCUUUCUAUCUGGUGAACUUGAUCUUGGCUGUGGUGGCCAUGGCUUAUGAAGAACAGAAUCAGGCAACACUGGAGGAAGCAGAGCAGAAAGAGGCUGAAUUCAAAGCAAUGUUGGAGCAACUUAAGAAGCAACAGGAAGAGGCACAGGCGGCGGCGAUGGCCACUUCAGCAGGAACUGUCUCAGAAGAUGCCAUAGAGGAAGAAGGUGAAGAAGGGGCAGGCUCUCCCCGGAGCUCAUCUGAAAUCUCUAAGCUCAGUUCCAAGAGUGCCAAAGAGAGACGUAACAGGAGAAAGAAGAGGAAACAAAAGGAGCUCUCUGAAGGAGAAGAGAAAGGGGAUCCUGAGAAGGUGUUCAAGUCAGAGUCAGAAGAUGGUAUGAGGAGGAAGGGCUUUCGGCUACCAGACAACAGAAUUGGGAGGAAAUUUUCCAUCAUGAAUCAGUCACUGCUCAGCAUUCCGGGCUCCCCAUUCCUGUCCCGCCACAACAGCAAAAGCAGCAUCUUCAGCUUCAGGGGUCCCGGGCGGUUCCGGGACCCGGGCUCCGAGAACGAGUUUGCGGACGACGAGCACAGCACGGUGGAGGAGAGCGAGGGCCGCCGGGACUCGCUCUUCAUCCCCAUCCGAGCCCGCGAGCGCCGCAGCAGCUACAGCGGCUACAGCGGCUACAGCCAGGGCAGCCGCUCCUCGCGCAUCUUCCCCAGCCUGCGGCGCAGCGUCAAGCGCAACAGCACGGUGGACUGCAACGGUGUGGUGUCCCUCAUCGGCGGCCCCGGCUCCCACAUCAGCGGGCGUCUCCUGCCAGAGGUGAAAAUAGAUAAGGCAGCUACUGAUGACAGUGCUACAACCGAGGUGGAAAUUAAGAAGAAAGGCCCUGGAUCUCUCUUAGUUUCCAUGGACCAAUUGGCCUCCUAUGGGCGGAAGGACAGGAUCAACAGUAUAUUGAGCGUUGUUACAAAUACACUGGUAGAAGAGCUGGAAGAGUCUCAGAGAAAGUGCCCGCCGUGCUGGUAUAAAUUUGCCAACACUUUCCUCAUCUGGGAGUGUCACCCCUACUGGAUAAAGCUGAAAGAGAUUGUAAACUUGAUCGUUAUGGACCCUUUUGUGGACUUGGCCAUCACCAUCUGCAUUGUCCUGAAUACACUGUUUAUGGCAAUGGAGCACCAUCCUAUGACGCCACAGUUUGAACAUGUCUUGGCUGUAGGAAAUCUGGUUUUCACUGGAAUUUUCACAGCGGAAAUGUUCCUGAAGCUCAUAGCCAUGGAUCCCUACUAUUAUUUCCAAGAAGGUUGGAACAUUUUUGAUGGAUUUAUUGUCUCCCUCAGUUUAAUGGAACUGAGUCUAGCAGACGUGGAGGGGCUUUCGGUGCUGCGAUCUUUCCGAUUGCUCCGAGUCUUCAAACUGGCCAAAUCCUGGCCCACCCUGAACAUGCUGAUCAAGAUUAUUGGAAAUUCAGUGGGUGCCCUGGGCAACCUGACCCUGGUGCUGGCCAUUAUUGUUUUCAUCUUUGCCGUGGUGGGAAUGCAACUCUUUGGAAAGAGCUACAAAGAGUGUGUCUGCAAGAUCAACCAGGACUGUGAACUCCCUCGCUGGCACAUGCAUGACUUUUUUCAUUCUUUCCUCAUUGUCUUUCGAGUGUUGUGCGGGGAGUGGAUCGAGACUAUGUGGGACUGCAUGGAGGUGGCCGGCCAGGCCAUGUGCCUCAUUGUCUUCAUGAUGGUCAUGGUUAUUGGCAACUUGGUGGUGCUGAACCUGUUUCUGGCCUUGCUCCUGAGCUCCUUCAGUGCUGACAACUUAGCAGCCACAGAUGAUGAUGGGGAAAUGAACAACCUACAAAUCUCAGUAAUCCGGAUCAAGAAGGGCGUGGCUUGGACCAAACUGAAAGUGCACGCCUUCAUGCAGGCCCACUUCAAGCAGCGCGAGGCCGAUGAAGUGAAACCUCUGGAUGAGCUGUACGAAAAGAAGGCCAACUGUAUCGCCAACCACACUGGCGCCGACAUCCACCGGAACGGUGACUUCCAGAAGAAUGGCAAUGGCACAACCAGCGGCAUCGGCAGCAGCGUGGAGAAGUACAUCAUUGAUGAGGACCACAUGUCCUUCAUCAACAAUCCCAACCUGACCGUGAGAGUGCCCAUCGCGGUAGGCGAGUCUGAUUUUGAGAACCUCAACACCGAGGACGUGAGCAGCGAGUCGGAUCCUGAAGGCAGCAAAGAUAAACUGGAUGACACUAGCUCCUCUGAAGGCAGCACCAUUGAUAUCAAACCAGAAGUAGAAGAAGUCCCUGUGGAACAGCCUGAGGAAUACUUGGAUCCGGAUGCCUGUUUCACAGAAGGUUGUGUCCAGAGAUUCAAGUGCUGCCAGGUCAACAUUGAGGAAGGGCUGGGCAAGUCUUGGUGGAUCCUGCGGAAAACCUGCUUUCUCAUUGUGGAGCACAAUUGGUUUGAGACCUUCAUCAUCUUCAUGAUUCUGCUCAGCAGUGGCGCCCUGGCCUUCGAGGACAUCUACAUUGAGCAGAGAAAGAGCAUUCGUACCAUCCUGGAGUACGCUGACAAAGUCUUCACCUAUAUCUUCAUCCUGGAGAUGUUGCUCAAGUGGAUAGCCUAUGGCUUCGUCAAGUUCUUCACCAAUGCCUGGUGCUGGCUGGACUUCCUCAUCGUGGCUGUCUCUUUAGUCAGCCUUAUAGCUAAUGCCCUGGGCUACUCGGAACUAGGUGCCAUAAAGUCCCUUAGGACCCUAAGAGCUUUGAGACCCUUAAGAGCCUUAUCACGAUUUGAAGGGAUGAGGGUGGUGGUGAAUGCCUUGGUGGGCGCCAUCCCCUCCAUCAUGAAUGUGCUGCUGGUGUGUCUCAUCUUCUGGCUGAUUUUCAGCAUCAUGGGAGUUAACCUGUUUGCCGGAAAGUACCACUACUGCUUUAAUGAGUCUUCUGAAAUCCGAUUUGAAAUUGAAGAUGUCAACAAUAAAACUGAGUGUGAAAAGCUCAUGGAGGGGAACAAUACAGAAAUCAGAUGGAAGAACGUGAAGAUCAACUUUGACAACGUCGGGGCAGGAUAUCUGGCGCUUCUUCAAGUGGCAACCUUCAAAGGCUGGAUGGACAUCAUGUAUGCAGCUGUAGAUUCCCGAAAGCCUGAUGAGCAGCCUAAGUAUGAGGACAACAUCUACAUGUACAUCUACUUUGUCAUCUUCAUCAUCUUCGGCUCCUUCUUCACCCUGAACCUGUUCAUUGGUGUCAUCAUUGAUAACUUCAAUCAACAAAAGAAAAAGUUUGGAGGUCAAGACAUCUUCAUGACCGAAGAACAGAAGAAGUACUACAAUGCCAUGAAAAAGCUGGGCUCAAAGAAACCACAGAAACCCAUCCCCCGCCCCCUGAACAAAAUCCAAGGUAUCAUCUUUGAUUUUGUCACUCAACAAGCCUUUGACAUUGUUAUCAUGAUGCUCAUCUGCCUGAACAUGGUGACAAUGAUGGUGGAGACAGAUACACAGAGCAAGCAGAUGGAGAACAUUCUCUACUGGAUUAACCUGGUCUUUGUCAUCUUCUUCACCUGUGAGUGUGUGCUCAAAAUGUUUGCCCUGAGGCACUACUACUUCACCAUUGGCUGGAACAUCUUCGACUUCGUGGUGGUCAUCCUCUCCAUUGUGGGAAUGUUCCUGGCUGAUAUAAUUGAGAAAUACUUUGUUUCCCCAACCCUGUUCCGAGUCAUCCGAUUGGCCCGUAUUGGGCGCAUCUUGCGUCUGAUCAAAGGCGCCAAAGGGAUUCGUACCCUGCUCUUUGCCUUAAUGAUGUCCUUGCCUGCUCUGUUCAACAUCGGCCUUCUGCUCUUCCUGGUCAUGUUCAUCUUCUCCAUCUUUGGGAUGUCCAAUUUUGCAUAUGUAAAGCACGAGGCUGGCAUUGAUGACAUGUUCAACUUUGAGACAUUCGGCAACAGCAUGAUCUGCCUAUUUCAGAUCACAACCUCGGCCGGUUGGGAUGGCCUGCUGCUGCCCAUCCUAAACCGCCCCCCCGACUGCAGUCUGGAUAAGGAACACCCAGGGAGUGGCUUUAAAGGAGACUGCGGGAACCCCUCAGUGGGCAUCUUCUUCUUUGUGAGCUACAUCAUCGUCUCCUUCCUGAUCGUGGUGAACAUGUACAUUGCCAUCAUCUUGGAGAACUUCAGCGUAGCCACGGAGGAAAGUGCAGACCCUCUGAGUGAGGAUGACUUUGAGACCUUCUAUGAGAUCUGGGAGAAGUUCGACCCCGAUGCCACCCAGUUCAUCGAGUACAGUAAGCUGACAGACUUUGCAGAUGCCUUGGAGCAUCCUCUCCGAGUGCCCAAGCCCAACACCAUAGAGCUCAUUGCCAUGGAUCUGCCAAUGGUCAGCGGGGAUCGCAUCCACUGCUUGGACGUCCUUUUUGCCUUCACCAAGCGGGUCCUGGGAGAUAGCGGAGAGUUGGACAUCCUUCGGCAGCAGAUGGAGGAGAGGUUCGUGGCAUCCAAUCCUUCCAAAAUGUCUUACGAGCCAAUCACGACCACGCUGCGGCGCAAGCAGGAAGAGGUGUCAGCAGUGGUCCUGCAGCGCGCCUACCGGGGACAUUUAGCAAGGCGGGGCUUCAUUUGCAAAAAGACAACUUCCAAUAAGCUGGAGAAUGGAGGCACCCACCGGGAGAAAAAAGAGAGCACCCCUUCUACAGCCUCCCUCCCAUCCUAUGACAGUGUAACUAAACCCGAGAAGGAGAAACAGCAACGGGCAGAGGAAGGAAGAAGGGAAAGAGCCAAAAGACAAAAAGAGGUCAGAGAAUCCAAGUGUUAG